AUGGAUGCAUCCGCUGGGGAGAAGUCGUCUCCUACUGCCCACGGUCACGACGACGCACAUCCGAAGUCUGAAUCUGCUCCAGGUCACGAAUUGGCCAGCGACGGAAGUCCUGUUGAUGGAAAACCUAGCCAAGAAGGCAUUGCGGACGAAGCGGGAGGGCAAUCCGCCCCAGAUGAGUCCAACUAUCCUGGUCCUGCUGCCCUGUCGGUCGUCAUGGUAGCAGUAUCCAUGGGUAUGUUUCUUGUCUCCUUGGAUCGCACCAUCAUCUCGACCGCAGCCCCCACCAUCACGGAUGAAUUCCACUCCCCGACAGACAUUGGGUGGUAUGGCAGCGCAUACAGCUUGACGGGCUGUGCCAUGCAACUGCCGCUUGGCCGCUUCUACAAGUUCUAUUCCCCGAAGUGGGUCUACAUGACGCUUGUCUUGGUCUUCAUCGUCGGAUCUGCCGUCGGCGCCGGGGCAAUGAGCUCCAAUACAGUCAUCGUUGGCCGCGCCAUACAAGGCAUCGGCCUCGGUGGCGUCCUGUCGGGGUCCACCAUCAUCGUCACUGAGAAUUGUCCGCUCCGACGACAGCCCAUGUGUCUCGGCAUCCUCAUGGCCACGAUGAGCGUCUCUGCCAUUGUCGGACCUCUGAUAGGCGGCGCCCUGACGACAAACGGCAGCUGGCGUUGGUGCUUCAUCAUCAACAUCCCCAUCGGCCUGGUAAUCAUUGCCAUCCUCUUCUUCUUUGUCAAUGCCAGGCAAGGCAGGGAUCAAGCCCGAGGAUGGGCCGACAAGAUUCGCUUCCUGGAUCCCUUGGGAUCAGCUCUGCUCCUGCCAGCUGUCGUGUGUCUCGUCCUUGCCUUCCAAUGGGCUGGCUCCGAAUACAGUUGGAACAACUGGCGUGUUAUUGUUCUUUUUGUAUUCGGCGGCCUCCUGUCCAUCGCCUUCAUCGCCUCGCAAAUCGCCACGCCCGAGACAGCCACCGUGCCUCCCCACGUCGCCGGUCAGCGUACCGUCUUUGCGUCCUUCGUCUUCUCCCUGGCCACAGGCGGUGCCAUGUUGGUGGUCACCUAUUGGGUGUCGGACUGGUUCCAGGCAGUGCAGCAUCUGAGCGCUGCUCAAGCAGGCAUCCGUACCAUCGCCCUGAUCUUGUCACAGGCCGUUGGAGCGAUAAUGGGCGGCGGAUCCUCGCGUCUCAUCGGAUACCCGCCACUCAUCAUGAUGAUAAGUGCAACCCUAAUAUCCGUUGGUGCUGGAAUGCUAUCAACUCUUGCCGUCGACACUACCCCUGCCCACUGGAUUGGCUAUCAGGUCAUAAUGGGACUGGGUAUUGGAUUCGGAACCCAGCAGGCAUCACUUGCCGUCCAGACAGUUCUGAAAAAGGAGGAUGUACCGACAGCAAUAUCCCUCAUCUUCUUUGGCAUGCAACUCGGUGGCUCCAUCUUCAUUUGCGUGGGUCAAAACGUAUUCAACCAGGUUUUCAUCAAGCUUCUGGGCCAAGCCUCCAUCCCGGGACUUGAUCCACAAACCGUGCUCAAGACGGGCGCAACUGAGAUAAGGCAUCUGGUUCACAACGGCGCAGAUCUCCUGAAGCUUCUUGAAGCCUACAACCACGCCAUCACGUCUACAUUUUACGUUGCUGCUGGGACUGGAGUUUUAGCCAUGCUGAGCUCCUUCUGGGUCCAGUGGAACAGCGUCAAGAAUGUCGACCCAGUGCACUAA